AUGAAGAGACUUCUUGCCGAAACAAGCCGAAGCUCGGGCUUUGCUGUGGCCGAAAGUUUCACUGAGGAUAUCCUCAUCGAGAUACUCUCGAGUCUACCGAUCAAGUCCUUGAUGCGAUUCAAAUGCGUCAGUAAAUGGUGGCAGUCCCUAAUAGCUGACCCGGGCUUCGCCAAGUCGCAUUUGCAAAGGAUGAAGGCAAGAGAUAUAAUUCCUAGCCAGAGAAUCGUCAAGAGCAGCCCCCUUCAGACCAUAGACUACGAACUUUUCGACGGCGGCAUUGGGGGCGAUGAAGAUAGCGUGGUGGUAAAGUUUCAUGAGCCAAGAAUGGACGAUUCUAGGUGGGAGCUCGUUCUCGUGGGAUCUUGUGAUGGCUUGGUCUGUUUAUCUUUCCAUGUCGGAUUCCUCCUAUAUAACCCGACCACCAAGGAGUCUAGGAAUUUGCCUGGUUCCAAUAAUUUUCCAGAGGACUUCUUCCUUGGAGUAGGGGAUGAAUUCUUCCAUGGAUUCGGGUACGACUAUGCAUCUGAUGACUAUAAAAUAGUUCAGGGCGACGGUUGUCAGGUGGCGAUAUUUUCGCUCAAGUCUGGUUCUUGGAGAUAUAUACAAGUCCAACAAGAAAGCCACCUGACUGUUUACGGCCGAGGAGUUUAUUGGAAUGAGGCCUUACACUGGUGUGUUGUCGACAAUAGUAAAAACAAGACUGUAAUUAUGUCAUUUGAUUUGUCAGAAGAGAAAUUUCAACAGGUGCUGUCUGUGCCUGAAGUUAAUGGAGACAUAGUUUUCGAGGGAUUGGGGAUUCAUGGAGCCAAUCUGUUCAUCUACCAUGGGACCUAUAAGGACCGCUUAGAGGCGUGGAUAACGAAUGAGUACUCGAGAGGAGGAUCAUGGACAACAUUGUUUAGUGUCUUGAAUGAAAUACCUGGAGGUAUAUAUUUUCAGAUCCCCGUCGCGUACACAAGAAGCAGAAAAAUCAUUUUCCAGAUUGAUACGUACCAAAUGGUUUUGUUCAAUCCUGAGGAUAAUACUUACAAGAAUUAUCCCAUCGAGAGUGACGACAAUGUCGCAUCUACCAUCUAUGUGGAAACUCUUGUUUCUCCCUAUCUUGGUUGUGAGCUGUCAAGAAUCUAG